AACUCUAGUCGUUUCUCACUUGUGUAAUUAACCAUUUUCCCCGUUGUAGGAAAAGGAUUUAAUUGAAAAAUAUUUGUAAAAUGAAUACUCUUCGGGUUAAUAUGAUUUUACACAGCCUACGUCGGUUUAGUCAGGCCGCGAAAACACCAAGUUCUUUGGGUGGAGCAACUAAAUCAACACCUCCAAAUCCAACCAUGCAAGGUAUAAAUACUCAAGUGGAGGGUUUAAGUUCCAGAUGUGUAAAAUCAUCAGCUGAACCAGUCGGCCCAGGAGCUUCUGCAAAUGGAGAAUACAAGGUUCCGGAAUAUUUUCUUUAUUCAAAAGGCUCAUAUGCUGAGGCUGAAAUUGAACUUGCAAAGUAUAGGUGCCCACAACCAUCAGCAUUAAAAAAGUAGAAUUCGCCAAAUACAUACGUUAUAUAGCUUUAAAUUUGUUAUAAUAAAAUUUAGAAAUAUUCGUUAUUAGAAAAAAUUUAUUAAACGUUAUAAUUCAUGAACUGGA